AGAAUUCAAAUCAAAAGCGAAAAUAUCAAUCCCUUCCAAAUCCAAUGCCGCCCACCGCCUCUUUCAUUGCCCUGCAAUGCUUCCAGUGCUCCACCAUGCAGGUGAAGCAGCAGAAGAAGAACAGCAACAAGUGGACUUGUGUGGUGUGCAACGAGAAGCAGUCGGUGAGGAAGGUCUAUGCGCAGGGAUCGAUGGCCAAGGAUGUUCGCAAAUUCGUACAGUCCUUCAACAUGUCCCGGAAGUCCGUUGAUGAAGAGGAAAAUCUGACUGUAAUGGUGGCUGAUGGUGAGGAGGCGGGAGGCAGUUGUUCGGGCAAUGGGAAGAAGAGGAGGAGUGACUGGAGCGAGUACCUUGAUCCGGAGGAGGAAGAAGAAGAAAGAGGGGCUGAUAUGGAAGGAGAAAUUGUGACAGAGAUGCCAAAAGAGAUGUCAACUGGAUUACAAAGCAGAGAUAGAGGUGGCAAGGAACCACUGAAACCUCUUUUCCCCAAGAGAAACACCACCAACCGUCCUACCAUUUCACUCGAGGACACAACAGAAACGGCAAAGGCAAAGGCAAAGAGGAGGACUUCCAAAUGGAGUGAAUACUUGACAGAAGAAGAAAAUGAAGAGGCGAUGGCAAUGGCAACAGCUGUGGACAAUGAGGCUGCUGCCAUUACUCACUUUCAGAUGGUCGAAGAAGAAAUUCAUCCUGACUUUAUGUAAAAUCCAUAACCUUCAAAAAUCAAAUAAAGAAAAGCAAAUUCUAUAGGAAAAUUUCAAUAAUUUUCCAC